ACCUUUCAGGUCAAAAUGAUUUGGCAGCCGCUCAACCUCACGGAAGUGUGUCCCCCCUCCACACCCGUGUCAGCAUGCUCCAGCUUCGGCUUCGUGUACCUCAACCUGCUGGUGCAGCUGUACGGUGCCUCCGCGGAUCAGCAGCUGCAGGACAUGUGCGACGCAGAAGUAAAACCCGAACUGAAAGAUGGCAUGACUUAUGACUUCAUCGUAGUGGGCGCGGGCGCUGCGGGCUGCGUCGCUGCCAACCGGCUGACUGAGAACCCCAAGUGGAAGGUACUAUUAUUGGAAGCUGGUCCAGAGGAGCCCGAAGUCACACAGGUGCCAGGCUUCUUCACCGCGCUCGCAGGCUCCAACUUGGACUGGAAAUACACCACAGAGUCCAACGGGAAGAGCUGCCUCGCAUUUCCCGAAGGAAAAUGUGGAUGGCCGCGUGGUAAAACGAUGGGCGGUUCGACCGCUAUCAACGCCAUGGCUUACGUGAGGGGAAACAAAGCAGACUACGACGAGUGGGCUCUCAUGGGCAAUGAGGGAUGGAGCUACGAUGACGUGCUUCCAUACUUCAUUAAAUCUGAAAAAAAUCUUAAUAAAUACUCAGUCGACAAGGAAUACCACGGAGUGAGAGGAGAGCAGUAUGUGUCGUGGUUGCCAUUCGUCGACGAUCCUGCAUUGAUGUUAACUGAAGCCUUCAAUGAAGGAGGAAUACCUCGACUUGAUUUUAAUGGAGCUACACAGUCAGGCGCCAUGCAGUCACAAACAACCGCAGUCGAUGGUGAACGUGCAUCAACCAAUCACGUUUUAAUAAGGCCUAUCCGACACAAAAGACCAAAUCUCUUUAUUAGAACCAACUCGGAAGUUCAAAAGAUACUUAUAGAUGAAUAUAACAACGCUUAUGGCGUUGUUUUCACGAAGGACAACAAGGAAUAUAAAGCGUAUGCUAGCAAAGAGGUCAUUGUUAGCGCUGGAGUAGUGAACUCACCAAAAUUAUUAAUGUUAUCAGGAAUAGGGCCGAAAGAACAUUUGGAAAGCUUGAAUAUUCCCGUAGUAAAAGAUUUAGCCGUUGGUGAGAAUCUCCAAGAUCAUGUUUCUUUUAAUGGCAUGAUAGUAGCAUUGUCAAACGAAACUGCUACGACAGUCUGCGAGGAACAGAUAUUAUCGGAUAUCAAGGAGUAUGCUAAAAUGAAAUCCAAAAAUGGUCCAUUAUCCGGCCUCGGGCCUAUUAUGUCCGCGGCAUUUGUGAAAUCGGAGCCAAACCUGAUCGCACCCGAUUUACAAUGUCAAGCAAACCACGUUCCGAAUUGGAGACAGUUUAUAGCAGAUCCGAUAACCUCAGAAAAGACCGCUAUAUUACCAUGUGCUUACUAUGACGCGGUCGUACCAAGAAUUAUGAAUUUAGUGCCAAAAAGUAAAGGCAAACUCUUGUUAAAUAAAAGUGAUCCGCAUGGGCCCCCGAUAAUACACUCCAAUUACUUAGGAGAUGACAGAGACAUAGAACCUCUCAUGAGGGGCAUUCGGUUUUUGUUAUCUUUAGAAAAUACAGAAGCUUUUAGGUCGCGUGGAGCAUAUUUUGUCAGAGAGAAAAUGCCACACUGCAUACAGCACGACUGGGGUACAGACGAAUACUUCCUGUGCUUAAUUAGACAAUACACCUCUACUACUCAUCACCAGGUCGGAUCGUGCAAGAUGGGUCCAAAGUCGGAUAAAAAGGCUGUUUUAGAUAAUGAACUUCGGGUGUACGGUGUUAAAUGGCUGAGAGUGAUCGAUGCGUCGAUGAUGCCAGUCGUCAUACGUGGCAACACGAACGCUCCGUCUAUUAUGAUCGGAGAAAAGGGCAUAGAAUCAGUCAUAAAAUAUUGGCAGAAUCGCACCAAGAACUUCUGCUUUUGA